CUCUCGACUUCCGCUCGCCUUUCCCCCAUCAUUCAUUUCAUCCCCCUCGCUGCCUGCUUUAUUCCCACUCCUCUCUCUCUCUCUCUCUCUCUCCUCCACGCCUCGCCUCGCACCAACCCGACCCGCCGGCAUUCCCUCCCCCCCGGAUGCUUUGCUCCGCCCGCCGCGAUUCGAUCCGAGCCUGAGCGCGCGCGUGCGCGAGCGACCCUGCUGCCAUCCAUGGCCUCGUCGCCGGCGAGCAGCUACGACUGCUCCUUCAAGAUCCUGCUCAUCGGGGACUCGGCCGUCGGCAAGAGCAGCCUGCUCGUCAGCUUCGUCUCCGCCUCCCACAUCGACGACGAAAUCGCGCCCACCAUAGGGGUUGAUUUUAAAAUCAAAUUUCUCACCGUCAAUGGGAAGAAACUGAAGCUAACAAUAUGGGACACUGCUGGCCAGGAAAGGUUUAGGGGAAUCACCAGUUCUUACUACAGAGGUGCUCAUGGCAUCAUUCUAGUGUAUGAUGUCACAAAGAGAGAAAGUUUCACAAAUUUGGCUGAUGUAUGGUCCAAGGAAAUCGAAAUUCAUUCAACAAACAAAGAGUGCAUCAAAAUGCUUGUUGGAAACAAGGUGGACAAGAAUGAGGAAAGGAUGGUGACAAGGGAAGAAGGUCUUGCCUUUGCUCAGGAAUGUGGAUGUCUUUUCGUUGAGAGCAGUGCCAAAACAAGAGAAAAUGUAGAGAAAUGUUUUGAAGAGCUUGCAUUAAAGAUUCUCGAAGUCCCAAGUCUCUUGGAGGAAGGUUCUUCAGUUGUCAAGAGGAACUCUCUGAAACAGAAGCAUGACAAUAAUGCAAAAAAUGGCAGAGGAUGUUGUCAGUAGUUCCAGUUGCUGUAUGGAACCAGCCAAUGAUGCUUAGACCUAGCAUGUUCUUGUGUACUGAUGUGAAUGAGUUGUACCUAAAUGCCUGUCGGUGUAGCUGAUGCGAGUUAAGAAGGAAAUAACCACACGAAGAUUUUGGUGCAAACGCAGGGAAUUGAUUUGUACAAAAGAAAAGCUUCUCCCUUCUAACUUCCUUCAGGUAGCAGUUUGGCGUGCUGCAUGUACCAGGAUCCUGUCAACUAGUCUUGCUUUGUGGGAGUGUACAUGUAAUGGGAUCCUGACAACUUGUCUUGCAUGGUGGAAGUGUAUAUCUGGUGCAUAAUUCUGGUC